UUUGCGGCCAUCGCCAAAGGGGCUGCGGCCAAAAUGAAGUUCAAUCCCUUUGUGACUUCAGACCGAAGCAAGAACCGCAAAAGGCAUUUCAGUGCACCUUCCCACAUUCGCAGGAAGAUUAUGUCUUCCUCUCUCUCCAAAGAGCUGAGACAGAAGUACAAUGUUCGAUCCAUGCCCAUCUGGAGGGAUGAUGAAGUUCAGGUUGUGCGAGGACACUAUGAAGGUCAGCAAAGUGGCAAAGCAGUCCAGGUCUACGGGAAAACAUAUGUCAUCUACAUUGAACGGGUGCAGCAAGAAAAGGCAAAUGACACAACUGUCCAUGUGGGCCUUCACCCCAGCAAGAUGGUUAUCACCAGGCUUAAACUGGACAAAGACUGCAAAAAGAUCCUUGAACGGAAAGCCAAAUCUUGCCAAGUAGGAAAAGAAAAAGGCAAAUACAAAGUAGAAACCAUUGGGAAGAUGCGAGAAUAACGUAAUCUUAUAGACAACUUCCA